UUUUAGGACUGAGUAAUAUUCCACUGUACGGAUGGACCACAUUUCGUUCUUCCUUUCAUCUGUCCGUGGACACUUGGGCUGCUUCCACCUUUUAGCUAUUGACCUUCUGAGCUUUUAUCACGGACACUGUGACAGUUUCUUCACUGGCUUCCCAGCCUCCUUUCCUUCCUAUCCACCCCUCCUCUUCCCAGGAUCUUUCUAAAAUUCACAGGUAACUUCCUUUAAAACCCUCAAGAGCUCGCCAUGGCCCUCAGAACAGGUCCCGCCUGCCUUCCGUGGUCAGGCCCCACCGACCUCAUCUCCCUCACCUGAAGCAUCAUCCACCUUCCCCAGGCCUUGGCCCCGCUGGAAGGCCCUUGCCCCGCUCAAAGCCUCUGAGUCCUUUUUUGUUAAUUCGUUGGAAUGAGUUUCCUCCUUGCCCGUUUCCGUCCAAGGCCUUCUGGGGCCCUCUGCCCUGGUUUUCAGCACCCCCUACUCUCUCCGUGUCGUCUAACCACGAGCCCGUGAAGCUUCCAGCCCCAGACACGGGGGGGCUACGUAUGCUGUCAGACUCCCCCCCAGGUUCCAGAGGUGAGCUGUGGUCGGACUGCAUCCACGUCCCAGCCCCUUUCCCACUCCAGGCCCACUGCUCAAAGCCCUCAUCUCCUCACCCCGCAACGCCCCCAUCGCCAGGGCCGCUGACACGGUUUGAUCCGGAGCCCGUCUUCACGGUCAACCCGGGCCUCAGUUUCCCCGGAUGAAGAACGGAGUUGUGGGCGCGGCCCCUCUCCCAGCCCUCACCUGGUGCUGCCAGGGCUGGUCACCUCCGCGCUGCCGCUCGCAGAUUAGACACGUCCGGAUACCCUUGCAACCACAUUCCCGAAGGACCUCUGGGGCCACCACCGCCGCAGCCGCCAUCGCCGCGUCCUGGCGGCCAGGGCGCAGGCGCGGGACCCCGGGCGCCGCUGGGAGUUGUAGUGCGCGCGCAGGGUACGAGGUCCGCGCGGCCGCUUCCUUCCGGUCGCCGCCGCCGACGGAUUCGCGCGGCGCCACCUCCUGGAAUCGGACAACCGCCGGCGCCAGCACCGGAUUCGCGUGCCGCCGAUCAGGUCCCCGCGGGCCGCGCCUCCUCGCCAUGGGCCCCCUCUCGGCGCGGCUGCUGAUCCAGCGGGGGCGACCCAAGUGCGACCGGCUGGGGAAGAUCCGGAGUCUGGACCUGUCAGGGAUGAAUCUGCUCUCAGAGCACUUGGACCCCAAGCUCCUGAGCCGCCUGAAGCAGCUGCAAGAGCUGGACCUCUCCAACAACCAACUGGAGACACUGCCCGCCAACCUGGGCCUGUCCCACCUGCGCAUCCUCCGCUGCGCCAACAACCAGUUGGGCGACGUCACUGUCUUGUGCCAGUUCCCACAGCUCGAGGAGCUCAGCCUGGAGGGCAACCCCUUUCUGACAGUCAGUGACAACCUGAAAGUUUCCUUCCUCCUGCCCAAGCUCCGUAAGGUCAACGGCAAGGACGCUUCCUCCACUUGCUCUCAGGUGGAGAACCUGAACCGGGAGCUGACCAGCAGGGUCACAGCUCACUGGGAGAAGUUCAUGGCCGCACUGAGCCCAGACGAGGAGGCUGAGAAGGCCCAGGCAGACUUUGUGAGGUCGGCCAUCAGAGAUGUCCGCUAUGGGCCCGAGUCCCUCAGCGACUUCACCCAGUGGAGGGUGCGGAUGAUCUCUGAGGAGCUGCUGGCCUCUGGUGGGACUCAGGUGCAUGAGGCAAACAUCUCAGAGAGGCCCCCAGAAGCCACCGCUAUCCAGGAGCCUAGGGCCGGGCCAGUGGCCUCGAAGCGGCCAGGUGAUGGCCCAGUCCACGUCUCUCCCAACAAGCGGGUGUGCACCUCCCCGUUGGCCCAGGUGGAGGGCAGCCCUGUGGGCUCUGCUGGCAGCCAGACUGCCCUGCAGCUGGAGCCCCUGCACUUCCUGCAGUGCCACAGCAAGAACAACAGCCCUCGUGACCUGGAGACCCAACUCUGGGCCUGUGCCUUCGAGCCAGCCUGGGACGAGGGGCAGGCAGGGGCCACAUCCCAGACCGUGGCCACGUGUGGCGGGGAGGCCGUGUGUGUGAUCGACUGCCAGACAGGCAUCGUACUGCACAAGUACAAGGCGCCUAGUGAGGAGUUCUUCUCAGUGGCCUGGACGGCCCUGACGGUGGUCACACAGGCAGGCCACAAGAAGCGCUGGAGCGUGCUAGCAGCUGCAGGCCUGCGGGGCCUGGUCCGGCUGCUGCACGUGCGUGCCGGCUUCUGCUGCGGGCUCAUCCGGGCCCACAAGAAGGCCAUUGCGACUCUCUGUUUCAGCCCCACACACGAGACCCACCUCUUCACGGCCUCCUAUGACAAGCGGAUCAUACUCUGGGACAUCGGGGUGCCCAACCACGAUUACGAAUUCCAGGCCAGCCAGCUGCUCACACUCGACACCACCUCCAUCGCCCUGCGCCUCUGCCCCGUCGCCUCCUGCCCGGAUGCCUACCUGCUGGCCGGCUGCGAGGGCGGCUGCCGUUGCUGGGACGUGCGGCUGGACCAGCCUCAGAAGAGGAGGGUGUGUGAGGUGGAGUUCGUCUUCUCCGAAGGCUCUGAGGCAACUGGACGGAGAGUGGACGGGCUGGCGUUCGUGAACGAGGACGUCGUGGCCUCCAAAGGGAGUAGCCUGGGCACCAUCUGCCUGUGGAGCUGGAGCCAGACGUGGCAGGGCCGGGGCAGCCGGUCCACAGUGGCCGUCGUGGUCCUGGCCCGGCUGCAGUGGUCGCCCACCGAGCUCGCCUACUUCUCACUCAGCACCUGUCCUGAUGAGGGGAUGGUGCUCUGCGGGGACGAGGAGGGCAACGUGUGGAUCUACGACGUCAGGCCCCUUGUGGCGCAGAGGCCCCCGCCGCCGGCCACCCCGCAGGCCCCCACGCAGAUCCUUAAGUGGCCCCAGCCCCGGGCCCUGGGCCAGACAGUGAGCAGGACCAUGGUGAACACGGUGGUGGCUGACCCCACCUUUACCUACCUCACGGCACUGACGGACUCCAACAUUGUCGCCAUCUGGAGGAGAAACCAGCCUUGACUGUGGGACGCAACUUACUCAGCUUUUAGGGUCGUGAGGGGGAUCUUCUUAUCGGUGGCUAUUUUUUAUUAAAGUCUACUGUGUAAGAGAAA